CUGACCCGCUAGGUCAUGGCCUCCCUCGGGAGCGGGAAUUGGAGUGGCGCCCCAUCACAGAGUGCAGCCCCUACGCCUUGGGUGACCAUCUUGCAGCCCUCUCCUUGGACAGUCUCAUCUCCUGUGCCUCAGCCUAACCGAAUCAAGGAAGACCUGCUGGAGUUGAUGCUGCUGCAGACCGCCCAGGUGCACCAGCUGCUGCUGACCCAACUGGUGGCCGGUGCGCUGAACGCAGGGCCAGCAUGGUCCGGCCCAGAGGCCUAUACAGAUAGUCAUCAGGAACAGCUGGAGGAAGACUCGGAGACACAGGAGCAAGAGCCUUUGGUGUUCCACCAUCACUAUUUGCCUUGUCCCGUGACCUCCUUGGGCCCCGUGCCACUGUGGCCAGCCUCUUUCUUCCCUGUCCCCCCACAUCAGCCUCCCUGGCAGGGUGCACCCAGGAUUCAGCACCAGCCCCCUGCCUCCAGGCAAAGAGAUAUAAGAGAUGUGCCCCCGCCCCCACCUCCCAGUGCCACGGGGACUGUUGGUGCGGACAUACCCCCAGCUUCAGACUACUAUGAUGCUGAGAGCCUGCCAUGAAGACAGAUGCUCUCCAGGCCUCUUCAGCUUCUGCAUGGGACUGCCAAACCCUGGAGCAGUGCUACAGCCAUGCCGGAGCCCCAGUCAAGCCCCUCCCAGCAGACUCUACUCCACUACCAUCUUGAGCUGGCUGUUCUGGAGUAAAAGCUCCUUUAAGACCCACCAUGACCCAGACGCCAUGCAAACCCAAUUGAUCCCAUUGUUUUCCCAAUUGGACCAGAGCCCCAGCUGGUCUCUGCCCCUCUGUCCUCUCUCUAGGAUGAUGAGGCUCUGUGGCAUCAGCCUUGGGCCUGAAAUAGGGCAGGAGAGAAAAGCAUAGCUCCAAAGUCCUUCAGGCCCCUGGAGGGCAGCAUGGUUGAGGAGAGAGGCCCAGUUCAGGA